AUGUUCGCCGAGCAGGGUCGGAACGAUGCAGCGGAGCCGCCGGCCCGCGGCGCCCCGGCGGGCCCGGGCCGACCGGGCCCCACGAGGGGAAAGAGGCGGCUGCCCGGGGCCGGCCGGGACGGCGAGGCGGCGCGGAAGCGGCCCCGGAAGCGGAAGAAGGCCGGCGGACUGCGGGCCGCGGCGGGGCAGCUCCCGGCCCGGCCCGACGAGCCCCGGGAGGUGGGGAAGCGGCCGGACACAGACGGCCCGGCUGAGCCGGCGGAGCAGCCCGAGAAGCCGGCGGGGCUGAGCCGUAGGCAGCGGCGGAACCGGCAGAAGCGGCAGCGGCAGCAGGAGCCACCGGCGGGACCGGAUGCGGAGCGGGGCUCAGGGCCGGGCCCCCCGGAGCCGCCGGGCCCCCCGGAGCCGCCGGGCUCCGCGGACGCUGCUCCGGAGCCCCGCUCGGGCCGCUCGGCCGCGCUCCGCGCCCGAAUGGAGGAGCGGCUGCUCGGCGCCCGGUUCCGCUAUCUGAACCAGCAGCUCUACACCGGGAGCAGCCAGGACGCGGCGCGGCUCUUCCGCGCCGACCCCGCCGCUUUCCACCUGUACCACCGGGGCUUCGAGCGGCAGGUGCGGCGCUGGCCCGAGCGCCCCGUGCAGCGCAUCGUGCGCUACCUGCGCCGCCGGCCAGCGUCGCUAGUGGUGGCGGAUUUCGGCUGCGGGGACUGCACGCUGGCUGCCAGUGUCAGGAACAAGGUGCACUGCUUCGAUCUGGUGCCGCUGAGCCCGCGGGUCACCGUCUGUGACAUGGCCAAGGUGCCACUGGCGGCUGAGUCGGUGGACGUGGCCGUGUUCUGCCUGGCGCUGAUGGGCACCAACCUGCAGGAGAUCUUGGGAGAGGCCAACCGUGUGCUCAAGCUCGGGUAG